AUGAGAGACUUACGUAUUGUACUCAGCCCUUACCGAUGGCAAGCCCAAAUUGAUGACUUGAUUGUGCCAUUUUGGGCUUAUCAACUUGGAUCCGAGAUCUGCCAUACUGCCGCAGAGUACGAAGCUCGGGUCAAGUCCUUCCAGGCCAUUGCAUUUUCCAGUAGUGUACCCAAGCGAUCAGGCACUGGUGUCAGCUGUCCACCUGUGUCGGGUGACCAAGUGCUUCGUGUCCACGGCGACAGUGUCACCUUAGGCGCCUCUUUCACCUUCUCCUGCCCUGAUGGCUACUACCUGGCAGGUGCCUCCAAGAUCACCUGUCUCCCCUCAGGGGAUUGGUCUGGCUCCGCAGGGCAGUGCCAGUUGGUGCGAUGCCCCGUGCUGGCACCUGACGACCCUCACCUGCAGCUGCAGGUGGCCAACACCACCUACACAGGUGCCGCAGUCUUCACCUGUGUACCUGGCUACCGUCUACUGGGUCACACCAUCCUAACCUGCACUGCUAAUGGUACCUGGUCCCACCCCGUGCCCACCUGUCAAGAGGUGGUGUGCCAGGGUGUGUCGUGGCCUGAGCACGGCCAGGUGGUAGGGGGUGGGUCGUCCAGGAGGGUAGGAGAGGCCCUCACCUUCACCUGUUCCCCUGGCUACGUGGUGCGCGGCCACCCACUCUCCUUCUGUACUUCUGACGGAACCUGGUCUCACCCGCCACCCACCUGUGUAGAGUCGUGUCCCCACCCCGGGGAGCCCCAGCACGGACGGGUGUCGCCCCGCCGCCCACGCUACCCCAUCGGGGCCACCCUCUUGGUGACCUGCCACCCCGGGUACCGCCCCGCGGGGCCAGACCGCCUGACCUGCCUCCACACCCACCGCUGGUCUGCCCCGCUAACCCGCUGUGUGCCUGCCAUUGGCUGAGUGCCACCCCGCUCCCUGCCAUAGACUGAGUGCCACACUCCCUCGCUUGCCAUAGGCUGAGUGCCACACUCCCUACCUUGCCAUAGGCUGAGUGCAAUUCCCUCCUACCAUGACAUAGGCUGUGUGCCACACCUCCCUCCCUGCCAUAAGCUGAGUGCCGCAUCCUCCCUGCCAUAGGCUGAGUGCCACACCCCCUCCCUUGCCAUAGGCUGAGUGCCACACAUCCUCCCUUGCCAUAGGCUGAAUGCCAUACCCUCCUUCCUUGCAAUAGGCUGAGUAGCACACCCCCUCUCUUGCCAUAGACUGACUACCACACCUCCCCUGCCAUAGGGUGAGCACCACACUCCUUCUGUUGCCAUAGGCUGAGAACCAAACACUCCCCUGCCAUAGACUGAGUACCACACCUCCCUCCCUUGCCAUAGGAGGAGUGCCACGCCCCCUCCCUGACCUAUGCAGCUCUGCCACUAAACACCGCCCCUCUUUAGCAAACA